AAUAAUAAAAAAGAGAAAAUGAGAGGGAAAAGUGGAGAAAGGGAAGCAGAAAAGGAGGAAAGGUUGAGGGAAAAGUUGAAGAGAGGUGUCCUGGUAGGGAAAAGAGUGGGCCCUUUUUCUUGCACUCCAGUUAGACUUUGGAAACCUUUACCUACUGCGCAUGUUAGCAUCAUUGAUAACGCUAGUACCAAUAGUCACCCAGAGGAGCAGGAGGAGCCACCUCUUCUGCUUUUUAACAACAGCAAUACUGUUGUUGUUUCUGCUAGAAAGCUUGCUGCUGCACUCUGGGAGUUUAACCAUUACUUGCCUAGUCUCUCUAAAAUGCACAGGGGCGUGCAUAUUAAUAAUGGAGGUGGUGAUUCUAGGUUGCGCCGCCACGAAAAGCGCCAUCAUUUUCUUAAGGACAAUGGACUUGACCUCUCUCAUUUCUUGGCUGACCCUACUCCUACCUCUCCUGAUCAGCCAGAAAGUGCAGGCAGUUUGAGGAGACAUAUUGCUUCAUCUCUGAUUCAACAUCAUCGAUCAAUUGAAAGAAGUAACCGUGCUCUACAACCUGUAUCUCCAGCAAGUUAUGGUAGUUCUAUGGAGGUGGCACCUUAUAACCCUGCAGUCACUCCUUCCAGCUCGUUGGAUUUCAAAGGAAGGAUUGGUGAGUCACAUUAUAGUCUCAAAACAUCCACAGAACUACUAAAAGUACUGAAUAGAAUAUGGAGCCUCGAAGAACAGCAUGCUUCUAAUAUGUCAUUGAUAAAAGCAUUGAAAACGGAGCUAGACCGUGCCCGUGUCAGGAUCAAAGAACUACUUCGGGAUCAGCAAGCAGAACGGCAUGAGGUGGAUGAUAUAAUGAAGCAAAUUGCUGAAGAUAAACUAGCUCGGAAGAGUAAGGAGCAGGAUCGUUUGCAUGCUGCUAUUCAGUCUCUUAGGGAUGAGCUGGAAGAUGAGAGGAAGUUAAGGAAACGAUCAGAGAGCCUACGCAGGAAAUUAGCUCGAGAGCUUUCUGAGGUGAAAUCCUCUUUUUCUAAUGCUUUAAAAGAUAUGGAAAGAGAGAGAAAAUCUAGAAAGUUGUUGGAAGACCUCUGCGAUGAGUUUGCUAAGGGAAUAAAAGACUAUGAACAUGAAGUGCAUGCUCUAAAUAAAAAAUCUGACAGGGAUUGGGUUGGAAGGGAUGAUGGUGAUCGUUUGAUUCUCCAUAUAUCUGAAACAUGGCUUGAUGAGCGGAUGCAGAUGAGGCUAGAAGAAGCACAGCAUGGUUUUUCUGAAAACAACUCAAUAGUGGACAAAUUGGGUUUUGAAAUAGAGACAUUCCUUAAAACUAAAGGAAUGGGUAAUUUUAAGUGCAGGGAACGGCGCAAUUCAAUGGAAUCUGUCCCUCUGAAUGAGGUUGUAAGUGCUCCACAAGAUGUGGGAGAUGAAGAGGAUUCAACAGGCAGUGAUUCACAUUGUUUUGAGCUUAACAAACCAAGCAAUGGCGACUUUCACUUGCACAAAGAUGAAGCUGUAGCUGGUCAUACUGAAGAAAUGGACAAAUCCGCUCUAACAAAGAAAAAGCUUGCAUCUCUUGAAAGAACUAGAGGCCAAAAUCCAGCCAACUUGCAAGUUAAAUUUGAAGAGCAUAUGGCUCAGGCUAUGACAUACAACGGAAAUAAGAAAUCCCAGGUGAUGGACCUGGAAGAGGUAAAAACGGGUGAAGGUAACCCCCUUCAAUCCACUGAAGUGAGUAUUUCUUGGAGGUCUGAAAACUGUGAGGCCACUGAAGGUGGCAGUCUGGAAAGAAAGAGCAAACCGGAAGAGAUUCAUGGCUCAAAUUCGAAUUAUGUGAUUGAUAACCCGAUAAAAAGUCAUAUCUCAUCAUCAGAAGCUGUUAAUCUGCACCUUGAGAACGAUGCUGGCGAGGCUUCUUGCAGCUACCCACCUCGGAGGAAUGCUAGUCCAGUUCGAAGGUGGAUGUCAAAACUCACUACCUCAGAUCUUGACAUUUCCGAGUCUUCUACAAAACUGCCCACAAACCUGAAGGAAAAUACAUUGAAAGCGAAGCUUCUUGAAGCACGGUCGAAGGGGUCACGCUCUCGUUUAAAAAUCUUCAAAGGUUCCUCUUAGAUUAUGGUGAAAACUCCCAGUUCAAUUGGUUACGAAGUCCUGUUGGAAACAAGGGAAUUGGCUGCACCGACCUUCAGAAUCAGGAACUUGUUGAUUGUGAAUAUCAGGUGGAUAUAUUUUUAUAAUCUUUCACUUUUAAUGGAUUAUAAAUUUUACCUGUUUAUAUUUUUUUUUCAAAGUGAAUCCUACAAUAUUAAGUUCUCCUUUAUAUUCAUCUUAUUGUAAUUUGAAAUUCAAGUCUGUAAAUACGAGUGAUAUACUGUUUUAUAGCUA